AUGAAGUGGUCGUCGAAGCUCCUCGCCCUCGCGGCGCUGCUGCCCGUAGCGCUCGCGGACGACGCCGAUGCCGCCAGCAACAAGCCCAAGCCGGACAAGGACGGCAAGUACUGGAUCUACGGCGACGGCAUCUCGGCGGCCUUCAUCCCCUACGGCGCGUCCGUGACCAACAUCCUGUUCAAGGACCAGUACGGCAUCGAGCGCGACCUGGUCGCCGGCUUCGACAAUGCCACCUACUACAGCCUCGACAAGCAGCACCCGCACUUUGGCGGCGUGCCCGGCCGCUACGCCAACCGCAUCAAGAACAGCACCUUCGAGAUCGACGGCAAGAAGUACAAGGUCAAGGCCAACGAGAACCCGACCAAGGCGCACCCGGACGGCCUCGACACGCUGCACGGCGGGCCCGACGGCUGGGACUGGCGCAACUUCACCGUGCUGGCCUACACCAAGAACAGCAUCACCUUCCAAAUCGUCGACCCGGACGGCAAGGAAGGGUUCCCCGGCGAGGUCGUCUCCUGGGCCACCUACAGCCUCAACGGCCACGACUGGGACUUCCAGCUCGUCGCCCAGUCCCUCACCAAGAAGACGCCCAUCAUGCUGAGCAGCCACACCUACUGGAACCUCGACGGCUUCGCCAACAACGAGACCAACACCGCCCUCAACCACACCCUGCACAUGCCCUACGGCGGCCAGCGCGUCGGCGUCGACAACAUCCUCAUCCCCACCGGCGACAUCCUCGCCAACGCAAAGGGCUCCGUCAACGACUUCUGGAGCAAGCCCAAGCAGCUGGGCGCCGAUCUUGAGAAGCCGGAAAUUGUCGGCAACUGCGGCUUCAACUGCUCCGGCUACGGCAAGUUUUUCCAUCCCAAGUCCUUGCCCAGUAGUCUACAAAACAACUGCUACACCAUCAACCGCGAGGGCGAGUUCGACUGGCGCACCGCGCCCGUCGCGACCCUCGCGUCCGACUGGUCCGGCAUCCAGCUCGACGUCUUCACCGACCAGACCGCCUUCCAGGUCUACGGCUGCCACGGCCAGAAUGGCAGCAUGGCGCUCAAGAAGACGCAGGGCGUCAAGCCCGCCAACAAGGACUUCCCGCGCACCAUCGCAAAGUACGGCUGCGUCGUCCUGGAGGUCCAGGACUACAUCGACGGCAUCAACCACCCCGAGUGGGGCCGCAAGCAGAUCUGGGCCCCCGAGGACGGCCCCUACGUCCUCAAGGCCAAGUACCGGUUCAGCCUGGCGUCGGAGCACAAGAAGAACAAGCCGUGCACCAAGAAGUAG